UUUCGCGUACUAUUAUUUGUAGGAAGAGCGGGAGGUCGGCCGAGCCAUCCCCGUGCCUAUAAAAAGCCUUCGAAGAGCUGAAGACCACAAAAGUCUGCUCUUCGUCGGUUGUGAACAUGAUGAUGUCUCCGUGCCGAGCUUGGCUAUUGGUGGUGCUCUGCUGUGCAGUUUGGAGCUGCAGAGCACAGACCAGCGAGGAAGAUCUCAAGCGGCCGUACAGCUUCGGCUUCACCAUUGAGAACAUGCAGCAUCGCCAAGAGAUGAAAGAUUCAAACGGAAUCAUCACCGGCGAGUACGGAUUCGUGACCGCCGACGGAUGGUACAGGACCACUUACUACGCCACCGACAAGGAUGGCAAAUUCAAGAUUACCGGCCGCAAGAAGACACGCGUCGGACCACCCGUCUUCCCCGUGCAACCGGCGGUGACGACGCCUCGUCCGACGACCACCGUGUCGACGACGACGCAGCGCACGCCGCCUCCACGACCCGGUGGCAUCCCCGGCUGCGCGGGCUGCAUUAUUCCGACGACCACUCCGGCGGCGCCGAGCGGCUUCAAGCCCAGCAGCUUCAGUCCGUCGUCGCCGUACCCUGCCAGCAGCGGACCUAUCGCGCCCACCAAUCGGCCGUCGGCGGUGACCAUCUCGAGUUCGUCGGUGUCCUCGUCCAGCAGCUCCUCCAGCAGUAGCAACUCGCAGAGCAACAACAACAACCAGUUCUCGACCACUUCCACCUUCGUCCAGCAGGGUGGCAGUAACGGCGGCGGUGGAAGCAGGCCGAGCCAGGUUCAGGGCGGCCAGGGUGACGGCGUCUCAGGUGGCCUCAACUACCGGUUCAACUACACUGCCGGCUACCACGGCCACCAGGAGACGGGACUCAACACCGGUGUAAAAACGGGCGAGUACUUCGUCAACACGAGGGACGGCAUCAGGCACAAGGUAACCUACGAGGCGGACAGCAAUGGCUUCAGGCCCAGGAUCAGCCAGGUGAGGAUUCCGCCCAACGAGACUCCUCAGGAGGACACCGAGAAGCUGGCUGGUCUCAAGGGCUACGAGUUUGUGUGGUUCAAGAGAAGGUAGACAAAAGAGCCGAUCAAAAUUAACCUAUAAAGGAAAUUCUUUGGAUUUGGCGUUUUAGUUUAGGGUGCGAAAUCCUUAAUUUAGGGUUCUAUUCAACGAGUUAAGGGGAAAUUUUUGAUUGGAUAAAAUUUGCAAGUCAUGCACCUCCCGAAGGUUAAAAAUCUUAAUAGGGGAGAAUUUAGCAUGGGAAACUCAAUUUUUAUUUCGAGUUUUCAUUCAAUCGUGAUCUUUUAUGGGUAGGCUCUGCUUGACCAGACAACUCGAUUAGUUGGCCGAUUUUAUCUUUCUGGGAAAUUCCAUAGAUUUUUGCUGGGAUAUUGGCUAAAGGACAUUGACAGUUCUAAUGUUUUUAAAAUUUAUUAGCUCAUUCUACCAGGCCAUAUAGUUGUUUUGUCAUUGAGGAAAAUUCAAAUUUACAUUAUUUUUAUAUUUAAAAAUUGACAUAUUUAUAUUUGCAGAAAUAAAAAUAAUGCUAGUUUCAUUUCGCAUUUAGAAUGUUUAGUUGUUUGCUCUACGAUAACUGCCAUUGUUCCGCCACUUUACAAGGUUCACAUAAUAAAGCCUAAACAAAUUCUAGGAAUUCGCCUUAAACUAAAACAUCACAUCCCUGGAGUUCCUUUUGAGUGUAUGUGUAUAGCCAUAAGUCUUUGUAAUUUAACAAUAAUUCUUAAUAAAAAUCAAAAGCGA